AUGAGUGAAGCAGCUUCUCCAAAGAAAAUCGCACCCAAGAAGAAACCUGCUGCAAAGAAGACAGCUGAUCACCCUAAAUAUGUGGACAUGAUCAAGGCUGCUAUCGCUACCCUAAAGGAACGCGGUGGUUCAUCUCGCCAAGCUAUUACAAAAUAUAUUCAUGCAAAUUACAAAGUUGCUGAAAACUCAGAUCAUCAUCUGAAAAUGGCUCUUAAACGAGGAGUAACAUCAGGCGAUUUGAUUCAAACUAAAGGCACUGGUGCUUCUGGAUCAUUCAAGCUAGGUCAGGUAAAAAAAGAAAAACCUAAGAAAAAGGCCGCAGCAAAAAAGCCAACGGCAAAGAAGCCUACUGCAAAGAAAAGUACACCAAAAAAGAAGCCAGCAAAGAAGAGCACGCCAAAGAAAGCAGCAAAGAAGCCUGCCACAAAGAAAGCCUCGGCUAAGAAACCAGCAGCUAAGAAACCCACAAAGAAGCCUGUUGCUAAAAAACCUGCAGCAAAGAAGGUCAAAAAGACUCCCAAAAAGGCAGCAAAGAAGACCGCAAAAAAAUAAUUUGUGUGUAUCUGGCUAUUACAUUAACAAACGGCUAUUUUUAUAGCCACACAUUUACAAAAAAACAUUAUCUUGGUACAAAGUUAAACUUGUUUAAGUCACUUAAACAGUUAAAAAAGAGUAAAUUUAAGAUUAGAUUCCCUAAGUUUAAGUAUUUUCGUUUUUAAAUUUCUUAUUUUCUUGCUUUUACUUUUCUUGCCCUUCAUAUUUUUAACAUUGUCAAACUUUAUGUAGCAUAAAAUUUUUAUGUAGCAUAAAAUUUAAACAGAAAGCAGGACAAAGUUUGAUAUAAAAAGCUAGCCGUAAUAUUUUUUAUGGAUGUGUGGCUAUAAAAAUAGCCGUUUUUUGUUUGGUAAGAUGCUUAGGCACGUUCCCCACGAAUUCUUCUUGCCAACUGGAUGUCUUUAGGCAUGAUUGUAACUCGUUUUGCGUGAAUGGCACACAAGUUAGUAUCCUCGAACAAGCCAACAAGGUACGCUUCAGAAGCCUCUUGCAGAGCCAUAACGGCUGUGCUCUGGAAUCGCAGAUCUGUUUUGAAGUCCUGAGCAAUUUCUCGCACAAGACGCUGGAAAGGCAACUUGCGGAUCAAGAGCUCGGUUGACUUCUGGUAUCUUCUGAUUUCUCUGAGAGCAACUGUACCAGGUCUGUAACGAUGUGGUUUUUUCACUCCUCCAGUAGCUGGUGCGCUUUUCCUCGCAGCUUUAGUGGCGAGUUGUUUUCGUGGAGCCUUUCCUCCAGUAGAUUUACGUGCAGUUUGCUUUGUACGAGCCAUAUUUUAAGAAGUCGAUGUAGUACGGAUACACAAGACGGUCUAAAAUGCACUAUCGCGCCAAAGUUUUAUUUCUCAUAUUGAUUGACAGCUAAGGUUCAAAACAAACCAUUUGAUUGGUGCUAAGAAAGUAAUUUCUGAUUGGCUGCAUAAUGACAUUACGCUCAUUACUUUAACAUUUUUAUAAAAUCUGUGUUUUUUGGCUACGGGAAAACGGCUGUAUCUUCUGAUACACAAAAGCUUUUGAC